GGAAAACGCAGCGGACAUUUGAGCUUUGGAAACCUGGAACCUACGGGUCCAGGAAUACGCACCCUUGCCAUGUAUUUUCGCACAAGCAGCGAAUAAUUCCGACGACGAGGUUAAGGAGGUCAACUGACCAGGAUGCUUCUUAAGCCAAAAACGUACAUAUUCCUUAUCGCCAAGCUUAAUGAUGUCUAUCAAUGAUAACGAACACAUCCUCCCAGUGGCCCCGCUCGAUGGUGUCGCAGCUGUGCUGGCUCACUUUUCGUCCAAAUCCACUUCUUCAGUUCCCAUUCGCGGGGAACGUACCAUCUUCUCCUCAUUUGCCCUCGCCUCUCGUGUCGCGGUGGUAACUGGAGGGCACCGCGGCAUCGGCCUAGAAAUCGCACUCGCACUUGCAGAGGCAGGUGCCAUUGUUUACUGUCUCGACACGCCUUCCCACCCAGAUGACGAAUGGGGGGUCGUGAAGGUGCAUGUGGACAACCUGGCACCUCUUGGCAUUGGUUCAGGAGAAAAUCUGGCCAAGCCGUCGCGUCUCGAAUAUAUAUCUGCUGAUGUGACUUCUCAAGACAAGCUUUCACAUGUCUUUCGACAAAUCGUCGAAAAAGAAGGACGAAUGGACGUGUGUUUUGCUUGUGCAGGUGUGCAUGCAAGUAUCCCAGCACUCAGUUAUAGUGCGGAUGACUUCAGAAAGCUGAUCGAUGUAAACGUUACUGGGGUCUUUCUCACCGCUCAAGCCGCUGCACAGCAGAUGGUGAACUUGGGUUCGCCUGGGAGCAUUGUCCUCAUCGGAUCCAUGAGUGGGAGCGUUGCAAAUCAAGGAACAACGUUCGUGGCGUACAACACUAGCAAAGGCGCUGUCCUUCAAAUGGCUCGCAGUCUCGCGAUCGAGCUCGCUCCACAGAAGAUUCGUGUCAAUACUAUCUCUCCAGGAUACAUCCUCACGAAGAUGACGUUUGCCUCUCUCGAGGCCAAGCCCUCCCUGGCGCGGGAGUGGACCUCUCAGAACCCGAUGGGUCGAUUUGGUCGCCCAGACGAGCUACGCGGGGUUGCUACAUGGCUUGCAAGCGACGCCUCGACGUUUUGUACUGGCAGCGACAUUAUCGUCGAUGGAGGCCACACGGCCUGGUAAAAUAACAGGAGAAUAUAGCGGAUAUAGAACGAGUGGCCUGUUCUUUUCUUUCUUCUGGGACUGCAGGUUGCAGGUUGCAGUUGUACUCGUAUCACAUUCUGAAUUCACGUAUCUGCGCUCGAGAUAAACCCUCUCGCAUUCGACUUCCGUCAUUGGUUCGAGAGGUCUCAGGGAUGCGAUACGCCUGGUCUCAGGUAUUGACAUAGCAAAAGGCCAGGUCAUCACGCUAAAUGUCCUGGGCUGCUUUGAUGUUUCGGCGAAAAUCGGAGGAUGCUAAGGAGAGAUAGCGACAUGCGUUUGCAAGCCUACAAUCAUGAUAAGAAGACUGUCAUGCAAAACCUGGCUGAAACUAGCGGGAAGUGACACAAUGGGGGACACACAUUACGAAAAAGCGUGUACACAAACGAAGGAGCGUGGUUCGAAUUUAAUACGGCUUGAGAUAAGCAAAGCCG